AUGCCUUUGAAGAAAUUUGACAAAAAGCUAAUUGGUCAAGUACAAGCAUUUUUAGAACUUCGAUGGAGCCACAGGAUUAUACAAACCCAUUUUAAAAGGAAGGGUAUUGCGAUUUCACUCAGCCAUAUCAGUCGCAUCAAGAAUUCUAAACUCGGAUCGAUGCAAAAUAAUGCAAAACCGAAAAGAAGUGGACGUCCAAGCAAAUUGAAGAAAUCAGAUUUGCAGAAGCUUAAUAAGAUGAUAUCAAAACCGGAUCCACCAACGCAGGCAAACAUGGCUAAAGCUCUUAACGUGAGUCAGGAAGUUGUAAGCUAUCAACUAAAACAAAAGUUAAAGAAAAAAUGCUGUAUAAAACCUAAAUGUCAUCAUUUAAAUGAGAGAUCGGUGCAGAUUAGGAGGCAACGUUCAUGGCCCCUCUACAAGCUUCUCCGUAAGGACAGAUGGCGAAAGUUAAUUACAACUGAUGAAGCUUGGAUCUAUCUAUCUGAUACCAAUGCUAAAUCUAAAGUUCAAUAUCUUAGCCGUGGUCGGAACAGGCGAGACUUGACACCAUCAACCACGGCGCCUCAUCCCAAAGGCGUAAUGGUUUGGAUGGGCAUAUCCGCCCAUGGUGUGACCAAACCUCCGUUUGUGAAACCUGGGACCAAAAAAAAUUCUGCGUACUAUAUACAGAAGAUAUUUAAGCGCUUUCUUAAGGAUGAUUACUGCAGAUUUUACCCUAAUGGUGAUCCUGUGUUCCAUCAGGACUCUGCCCCAUCGCAUGCAUCUAAGGUCACCCAAAAAUUCCUAACACAUCAGCAAGUGCAAUUCCUGAGACCAGAACAAUGGAUUCCAAACAGUCCUGAUGCUGCACCAUGCGACUGUUUGCUAUGGGGACAUCUGAAAAACAAACUGAAUAAGCGAAGAAUUUCUUCAUUGAGAGGCCUUCAAAGAGCUAUUAGAGAAGAGGUGAAGAAAAUCCCCCAGGAAACCAUUUUGCGGGCUUUUAAAUUAUGGCCGAAGCGUUGUAGACAAAUCUAUUAUGCCGGAGGUCGACAUAUUAAGAAAAAUCGCUGA